AUGAAUGUUGAAGAAAAUCUUGAAGAAAUUAUUCUUCAAUUACAUAAUGACUGUAAUUGGAAGGAUAUUGUGAAUUUAACUUCUGUUAUUGACAGUUCAAAAAACAAUAGAUUAUUUUGGGUACUUCCAACUUUGGAUGAUUUAAGUUGGAUAACUGAAAUAAUUAAGAAUAAUAAUAUAUCAGGAAUAAUCAGCAUUGGUUGCGGUUGUGGCUUAAUCGAAUGGUUAUUGCAAAAUUACUCCGGUUUAAAUAUUGUUGGUAUAGAAUUGGAUAGUUCAUGGUGGCACAGUAAAUAUGCCCCCCCAUUAUUUCUUGAAAAUAUUGUUUUUAUUAAUGAAAAAAAAGGGAAAAAUCUUUCUGUGCCAAAAGAUUAUGCACUUUUAUUCUGUUAUUUUAAUAAUGGAGAAGCAUUUUGUAAUUACAUAGCUAAUUAUGAAGGAAAUAUAAUAAUUGUCAUUGGACCUGCAGAGGGCCAAGAACGUUCUACAGAUCCACUUCCAUUUGAUGAGAAAUUUGCUAAGUACAAUUGGAAGUUACUUACAAAAAGACCAAUUAUGAAUUUUAAAGAUUAUAUUGUUGUGUACACUAGAUAAUAUUGUGUUUGUUUAAUUAUUUAUGUUAUU